AUGAAGUUCCUUGAAUUUAAAGUCGCUGUAGCAGAGCUUUUAUUGAAGAGUGAUAAGUCUGAAGACUAUUCAACAGGCAUUUCAACAUUAGCUACUAGGAGCUCUUCAGGUCCUAGACCAUUAUCCCAAAGUUGUUUUUUACAAAACAAUAAGCCAAUCGAACACUUUCCGGCAAUAGCCUCCGAUUUGAAGAACUCCAUGAGAUGCAAAAAUCAAGGUUGUAAACAAAAAACAAAAGUGUUUUGUGAAUUUUGCGAUGUUUUUCUUUGUCUGACAGGGCACAAGAACUGCUUUAAGGAGUUCCACUUGAAAUAA